GCCCAGCCUUGUGCCGUAGGAUAUUUCAGGUGACAGAUUGAUGGCUAUCUCGCAUUCUACGUGAUUGUUGCCGCUCGUGUUCGUAAAAUAUUCUUAUUUUCAAGCUAUUUUAUGGUGUAAAUAAAAUGCAGGAAACACAAGAGAAAUCGCUUUCGGUCAAAACGGGAUCAUCCCGCGGAGUUUCGCGGGUGUUGGACAAACUGCGGGCAUCCGUUGAAUCGAAAAACUUCUACGAAGCACAUCAGAUGUACCGCACGCUUUACUUUCGGUAUGUGUCGCAGGGAAAAUAUGACGACGUGCUGGAACUGCUAUACGACGGUGCACUGACAAUGCUGGAGCACGAACAGUAUAGCAGUGGUGCGGAUCUUGGAUUGUUGAUUAUCCAAACACUCGAAAAAGCUGGAAUAGCUGUUGGAUGUAGCGAGCAAUGGAUGAAACGGCUUACAGAGUUGAUCGGCAAAAUUAAACCAACAAUUGUCGAUCGGGAAACGUUGCUCGAAAAGGCAAUGAAGUGGAGCGGUUCGCUCGUGAUGUCCCCGACCGGACAUCCGUUGAUGCACCAGCUGUACGCGCAGAUACUGUACCGGGAGGGUGAUCUGACGCACGCUCGUCAUCAUUUCGCACUGGCCAGGGAUGGUACCAGCUGUGGUUUUCUGUUGAUCGAAAUCAGCCGCACGAAAGGUUUCACCAGUGAGAUCGAUCUGUUCGUUGCCCAUGUUGUGCUGCAGCAGCUUGCCCUUAAGGAACCGACGGUUGCUGCGGACACGUUUGCGACGUACUGCAAAUUUCACUCUGAAAUCGCCUGUACCGAUCCGCCGUUCGCUUUUCCGCUGCUCAACUUUCUCUUCUUUUUGCUGCAGCUGGUCGAGCAGAACAAUCGCAAGUUUGCGACGUUCUGGGCGUUGUGUGAACUGUACAAACCGUCGCUCGAGCGGGAUCGGUCUUACGAGAAGUAUUUGCAGAAGAUAGGCGUUAAAUAUUUUGACGGCAAUAGAUAUGAGCAGCGGAACAUUAUCUUUAGCGAUCUGCUGCAGCAAUUUUUUAUCGACCUGGAGGAAGACGAGCUAGAAGAAGGAACAAGCGUCCAUGGGGAGGUUGAUUAAUUGUGAUCGUACGUAAGCUUGUUGGCGUAGGAGGGAAAGCAAGUGAGAGGUGAAUUAAUUAUAUUAUUGUUUUGAGUUUUUGUUCGCUAGUGGGUGUCAGAGGUAGGACGACAGAUAGAUGUACAUGAUUCCAAUAUGUCGUCUCUGUGCGGAUGGGAAGUAGGUAAUGUAGGUUCGAUUAUCAUAGAACCAACUUGAACAUGUAAAUUAACUUCGUAUCGCGAGUAGUACUAAACAACUGUACGGCAAUGGUAAACGAUGUACACAGGGAGCUCCAUAUCGCACUAGCGAUUUUACAACUGGUUCAAGCGAAAUUAUCAGUUAGUUAGAAUUGUUUAGUGUAGUUUAAAAAAGCGCAUUUUUGCGUGUAUAGCACUACCUUUUGUAUCUAAGAUUUUGGUAAAGAAAGGUUGGUGUUGUACAUGGAGAUUUCGUUCUUCCUAUUUAACUUUUUCUUCACUAUUUCAGUUAUACAAGGGUGUCACAAUGCACGUAAAACUACCAUAAAACCGGAGCAAAUUAUUUCAUAUAGCAGAUAAUAGCAAACUUAUUAAUCAAUUAUUAAAAAUUGGAGCAAAUUGUUUCGUUUAUUUAAGGUGCUUUGUCCGCCUCUUUGGGUACGGAGCAAAAGUAAAAAAAACGAAAAGUUCAUUACUUUAAGCAGCCUAAUAGUCAGCUUGUUAAAAUUUCUUCAAUAUGUUUUUCGCGACCAUCCAUCAGUGCAUGAAGAUGAAAAAGGUAUCGUUUGUGAUAUAGCUAAUAUUUAUUUGCAACGGUUCUAACAGUCGGAUAAGCUACGGAUGGCAAAUAUCUGUUCCUCGACUUAUAUACACAAACUUUCGGUUCUAAUAGUCGUAAAAAAGUACGAUCGUAACAAUUUAGUUAAGGAAACGAUUGUUUGAGUAAUAAAGUGACACGUAAAGACAUCUAACGCAUCCGAAUGACUGUUCCCGUAUCACAAUUUUUUUCCUAAAAAACGCAAUACAAAUGAUUAUUAUGAUUAUA